AUGGAACAUCCCCAUAUGAGCAGUCAUCAUGCCCCAAGGCAUAUGACACAUGCUGCACACUAUGCUCCACAAACUCAUUCCCCUCAUGCCAUCGUCGGUCCUCUGUAUCACAGCUUGGCAACAACACAGUCGCAUGUCACUGGUACGAAGCGCCCUCGAUCCGAUGAUCUAGACCUAGGUGUUCCCGGGCUCUCCGAUUUGGACCACGGCGACAUCGACUCAAUACAUAGCACGUCCCUCGGCGCGGCUUACACAACCCAACCACCCAGUAGCCGGCCUGUACACCAUCACCACAGACUUCCGGACCAGCCACCUGCCAAAAUGAUGCGCCACGAUGACGGGGGCAUGGGUACAAGCACUGGAGGAGGUACUGGGAAUGGAGGUGCUCCCAGCGUGGUCGGCCAAGCAGGAAUGCCGGAACCAGCUCCCCGGCCUCGCGGUCCAAAGCUCAAGUUCACUCCCGAGGAUGAUCAACUGCUCAUUGAUCUUAAGGAGAACAAGAAUUUGACUUGGAAGCAAAUUGCAGACUUUUUCCCGGGUCGAUCGUCCGGGACUUUACAGGUUCGUUACUGUACCAAGCUGAAGGCGAAAGCUACGCAGUGGAACGACGAAAUGGACCAGAAACUGCGCAACGCCAUCCGAGACUGGGAGAACGAGAAAUGGCGCUUCGUGUCCAACAAGGUCGGCCCAGGCUUCACUCCACACGCCUGUCAGCAGCGGUCACGAAUCCUCUCGGGUGAAAUUACCGAGGAAGUCCUAGAAGAAGACGAGCAGCCGUGA